GUUGUCUGAAAUUGUUUCAAUGUUUAUAAAAUAAUUUUGAGGGAUGCUCUACGUUUGAACAAUAAUUAAAGUUAAAAAAAUAAUAAAGGAAAUUGUUAAAAAGCGUAACUAAAUUAAAAUGGCUGUAGAAAGCAAAAACUCAACAGCGGCGAAUGAAAAUCAACAAUCCAAUGACGGCACAAAAUCCGAGGAAAUGAAUUGCGAAGAAAUGACCGAUGCCACAGACAAACCCUUGAAAACUGCAAAUGAUGCCAAUAAAAACAGCACCGGCACUAGCGAGACAGUUCCCAGUCAUCCCGACAAUACUGAUUCAACCGAAACAAAUGAAGAUAUGCAAAUCAAUACUGGAGAUGUUUAUAUGAUAAAAAGAGCCGAUGGUAAUUGUCAUCCGGCGCAAAUUAUCCAGUCAAGAGAAACAGAACCCGGCUCCAGUGCAAAAGCCGAAUACUAUGUCCAUUAUGUUGGACUAAAUAGGCGUUUAGAUGAAUGGGUUUCCAGAGAUCGUAUCACAGACGCCACUCAAACGGAUAGCAAUGCGGCGGGUAAUGGCGCAGUUGUUUCCGAAACGGUGAGUGGAUCAAAGGCCAUAAAACAAGUUAGUAAGCAACAAAUUGCUUCGUUGGAAAAUCCCUCAGCAGCUGAGAAUGGUGAUAGAAAACUAACAAGAAAUCAGAAAAGACGUCACGAUGAAAUAAAUCAUGUGCAAAAGACAUAUGCAGAAAUGGAUCCAACAACAGCGGCCUUGGAAAAGGAACACGAAGCCAUAACCAAGGUGAAAUACAUAGACAAGUUGCGCAUUGGACAUUUUGAAAUCGAUACAUGGUAUUUUAGUCCAUAUCCAGAUGAGUAUGGCAAGGUGGGUACUCUGUACGUGUGUGAGUACUGCUUGAAAUAUAUGCGUUUUCAAAAAACCUAUCGUUAUCAUGCCUCCGAAUGCACCCAGAGACAGCCACCAGGCAAUGAGAUCUAUCGCAAGGGCACAAUAUCAAUAUUUGAAAUAGACGGCAAGGAUCACAAACUGUACUGCCAGUUGUUAUGUCUCAUGGCUAAACUGUUUUUGGACCACAAAACCCUAUAUUAUGACGUGGAACCAUUUUAUUUCUAUGUACUGUGUGAAAUUGAUAAAAAAGGUGCACACAUUGUGGGUUAUUUUUCGAAGGAAAAGGAAUCGCCGGAAAACAAUAACGUUGCUUGCAUUUUGAUAUUACCACCAUAUCAACGCAAGGGAUAUGGUAAACUAUUGAUAGCAUUUAGUUAUGAGCUAUCACGGCGUGAAGGUAUUGUUGGCAGUCCAGAGAAGCCCUUGUCCGAUUUGGGACGUUUAAGCUAUCGCAGUUAUUGGGCUUAUACAUUGCUCGAAUUAAUGAAAGAUUGUCGAGCCACCACACAAAGCAUUAAAGAGCUUAGUGAGCUAAGCGGUAUCACACACGACGACAUUAUCUACACACUGCAGUCAAUGAAAAUGGUAAAAUAUUGGAAAGGACAGCAUGUCAUUUGUGUGACACCAAAAACAAUUAUGGAACACUUACAGCUGCCACAAUUUAAGAAACCAAAACUUACCGUUGAUCCAGCCUAUCUGCGUUGGGUACCACCCAAACGAAAUGCGAUUGGAAAAUUUGGCAAGAAAAUGUAAUUUUAAGACAUUCUAGUUUUAGGUAACGUAUUAUUUGUUUGUAAAAUAAAAAUACAAAAAUAUUUGAAAAAUA